AUGGCGACAGAUGCCCAGAACACUACUAUAUUGGUAGGAGAGGUCAACUACACAAUUAAACAGAAAAUAGUUCCACAAUAUAACACUGUCAUUCCAUUUAUAGACGUUGAUUCAUUUGUAUCUGGCGCCAAUGAUAUUCCAUGUAUAGACGUUGAUCCAUUUGUAUCUGGCGCCACUGCCAUUCCAUUUGUACAUGUUGAUCCAUUUGUAUCUGGCACCACUGAUAUUCCAUUUAUAAACGUUGAUCCAUUUGUAUCUGGCGCCAUUGAUAUUCCAUAUAUGAACUUUUAUCCAUUUAUAUAUGGCACCACUGAUAUUCCAUUUAUAGACGUUGAUUUAUUUGUAUCUGGCGCCAUUGAUAUUCCAUAUAUGAACUUUUAUCCAUUUAUAUAUGGCACCACUGAUAUUCCAUUUAUAGACGUUGAUCCAUUUGUAUCUGGCGCCACUGCCAUUCCAUUUGUACAUGUUGAUCCAUUUGUAUCUGGCACCACUGAUAUUCCAUUUAUAAACGUUGAUCCAUUUGUAUCUGGCGCCAUUGAUAUUCCAUAUAUGAACUUUUAUCCAUUUAUAUAUGGCACCACUGAUAUUCCAUUUAUAGACGUUGAUCUAUUUGUAUCUGGCCCUACUGAUAUUCCAUUUAUAGACGUUGAUCCAUUUGUAUCUGGUGCCACUGAUAUUCCGUGUAUAGACGUUGAUCCAUUUGUAUCUGGCCCCACUGAUAUUCCAUUUAUAGACGUUGAUCCAUUUGUAUAUGGCCCUACUGAUAUUCCAUUUAUAGACGUUGAUCUAUUUGUAUCUGGCGCCACUGUCAUUCCAUUUGUACACGUUGAUCCAUUUGUAUUUGGCACCACUGAUAUUCCAUUUAUAGACGUUGAUCCAUUUGUAUCUGGUGCCAUUGAUAUUCCGUGUAUAGACGUUGAUCCAUUUGUAUCUGGCCCCACUGAUAUUCCAUUUAUAGACGUUGAUCCAUUUGUAUAUGGCCCUACUGAUAUUCCAUUUAUAGACGUUGAUCUAUUUGUAUCUGGCCCCACUGAUAUUCCAUUUAUAGACGUUGAUCCAUUUGUAUCUGGCGCCACUGAUAUUCCAUUUAUAGACGUUGAUCUAUUUGUAUCUGGCCCUACUGAUAUUCCGUUUAUAGACGUUGAUCCAUUUGUAUCUGGCGCCACUGAUAUUCCAUUUAUAGACGUUGAUCCAUCUGUAUCUGGCGCCACUGUCAUUCCAUUUGUACACGUUGAUCCAUUUGUAUUUGGCACCACUGAUAUUCCAUUUAUAGACGUUGAUCCAUUUGUAUCUGGUGCCACUGAUAUUCCGUGUAUAGACGUUGAUCCAUUUGUAUCUGGCCCCACUGAUAUUACAUUUAUAGACGUUGAUUUAUCUGUAUCUGGCGCCACUGUCAUUCCAUUUGUACACGUUGAUCCAUUUGUAUUUGGCACCACUGAUAUUCCAUAUAUAGACGUUGAUCUAUUUGUAUCUGGCCCUACUGAUAUUCCGUUUAUAGACGUUGAUCCAUUUGUAUCUGGCGCCACUGAUAUUCCAUUUAUAGACGUUGAUCCAUCUGUAUCUGGCGCCACUGUCAUUCCAUUUGUACACGUUGAUCCAUUUGUAUUUGGCACCACUGAUAUUCCAUUUAUAGACGUUGAUCCAUUUGUAUCUGGUGCCACUGAUAUUCCGUGUAUAGACGUUGAUCCAUUUGUAUCUGGCCCCACUGAUAUUCCAUUUAUAGACGUUGAUCCAUUUGUAUAUGGCCCUACUGAUAUUCCAUUUAUAGACGUUGAUCUAUUUGUAUCUGGCCCCACUGAUAUUCCAUUUAUAGACGUUGAUCCAUUUGUAUCUGGCGCCACUGAUAUUCCAUUUAUAGACGUUGAUCUAUUUGUAUCUGGCCCUACUGAUAUUCCGUUUAUAGACGUUGAUCCAUUUGUAUCUGGCGCCACUGAUAUUCCAUUUAUAGACGUUGAUCCAUCUGUAUCUGGCGCCACUGUCAUUCCAUUUGUACACGUUGAUCCAUUUGUAUUUGGCACCACUGAUAUUCCAUUUAUAGACGUUGAUCCAUUUGUAUCUGGUGCCACUGAUAUUCCGUGUAUAGACGUUGAUCCAUUUGUAUCUGGCCCCACUGAUAUUCCAUUUAUAGACGUUGAUUUAUCUGUAUCUGGCGCCACUGUCAUUCCAUUUGUACACGUUGAUCCAUUUGUAGGAGAGGUCAACUACACAAUUAAACAGAAAAUAGUUCCACAAUAUAACACUGUCAUUCCAUUUAUAGACGUUGAUUCAUUUGUAUCUGGCGCCAAUGAUAUUCCAUGUAUAGACGUUGAUCCAUUUGUAUCUGGCGCCACUGCCAUUCCAUUUGUACAUGUUGAUCCAUUUGUAUCUGGCACCACUGAUAUUCCAUUUAUAGACGUUGAUCCAUUUGUAUCUGGCGCCAUUGAUAUUCCAUAUAUGAACAUUUAUCCAUUUAUAUAUGGCACCACUGAUAUUCCAUUUAUAGACGUUGAUCUAUUUGUAUCUGGCCCUACUGAUAUUCCGUUUAUAGACGUUGAUCCAUUUGUAUCUGGCGCCACUGAUAUUCCAUUUAUAGACGUUGAUCCAUCUGUAUCUGGCGCCACUGUCAUUCCAUUUGUACACGUUGAUCCAUUUGUAUUUGGCACCACUGAUAUUCCAUUUAUAGACGUUGAUCCAUUUGUAUCUGGUGCCACUGAUAUUCCGUGUAUAGACGUUGAUCCAUUUGUAUCUGGCCCCACUGAUAUUCCAUUUAUAGACGUUGAUCCAUUUGUAUAUGGCCCUACUGAUAUUCCAUUUAUAGACGUUGAUCUAUUUGUAUCUGGCCCCACUGAUAUUCCAUUUAUAGACGUUGAUCCAUUUGUAUCUGGCGCCACUGAUAUUCCAUUUAUAGACGUUGAUCUAUUUGUAUCUGGCCCUACUGAUAUUCCGUUUAUAGACGUUGAUCCAUUUGUAUCUGGCGCCACUGAUAUUCCAUUUAUAGACGUUGAUCCAUCUGUAUCUGGCGCCACUGUCAUUCCAUUUGUACACGUUGAUCCAUUUGUAUUUGGCACCACUGAUAUUCCAUUUAUAGACGUUGAUCCAUUUGUAUCUGGUGCCACUGAUAUUCCGUGUAUAGACGUUGAUCCAUUUGUAUCUGGCCCCACUGAUAUUCCAUUUAUAGACGUUGAUCCAUCUGUAUCUGGCGCCACUGUCAUUCCAUUUGUACACGUUGAUCCAUUUGUAUUUGGCCCCACUGAUAUUCCAUUUAUAGACGUUGAUCCAUUUGUAUUUGGCACCACUGAUAUUCCAUUUAUAGACGUUGAUCCAUUUGUAUCUGGCGUCACUGAUAUUCCAUAUAUAGACGUUGAUCCAUUUGUAUCUGGCGCCAUUGAUAUUCCAUGUAUGAACAUUUAUCCAUUUAUAUAUGGCACCACUGAUAUUCCUUUUAUAGACGUUGAUCUAUUUGUAUCUGGCCCUACUGAUAUUCCAUGUAUGAACAUUUAUCCAUUUAUAUAUGGCACCACUGAUAUUCCUUUUAUAGACGUUGAUCUAUUUGUAUCUGGCCCUACUGAUAUUCCGUUUAUAGACGUUGAUCCAUUUGUAUCUGGCGCCACUGAUAUUCCAUUUAUAGACGUUGAUCCAUCUGUAUCUGGCGCCACUGUCAUUCCAUUUGUACACGUUGAUCCAUUUGUAUUUGGCACCACUGAUAUUCCAUUUAUAGACGUUGAUCCAUUUGUAUCUGGUGCCACUGAUAUUCCGUGUAUAGACGUUGAUCCAUUUGUAUCUGGCCCCACUGAUAUUCCAUUUAUAGACGUUGAUCCAUUUGUAUAUGGCCCUACUGAUAUUCCAUUUAUAGACGUUGAUCUAUUUGUAUCUGGCGCCACUGAUAUUCCAUUUAUAGACGUUGAUCCAUUUGUAUCUGGCCCCACUGAUAUUCCAUUUAUAGACGUUGAUCCAUUUGUAUCUGGCCCCACUGAUAUUCCAUUUAUAGAAGUUGAUCCAUUUGUAUCUGGCGUCACUGAUAUUCCAUAUAUAGACGUUGAUCCAUUUGUAACUGGCACCACUGAUAUUCCAUUUAUAGACGUUGAUCCAUUUGUAUCUGGCGCCACUGAUAUUCCAUUUAUAGACGUUGAUCCAUUUGUAUCUGGCGUCACUGAUAUUCCAUUUAUAGACGUUGAUCCAUUUGUAUCUGGCGCCACUGAUAUUCCAUUUAUAGAAGUUGAACCAUUUGUAUCUGGCGCCACUGAUAUUCCAUAUAUAGACGUUGAUCCAUAUGUAUCUGGCGUCACUGAUAUUUCAUAUGUAGAUAUUGAUCCAUUUGUAUCUGGCCCCACUGAUAUUCCAUUUAUAGAAGUUGAUCCAUUUGUAUCUGGCGUCACUGAUAUUCCAUAUAUAGGCGUUGAUCCAUUUGUAACUGGCACCACUGAUAUUCCAUUUAUAGACGUUGAUCCAUUUGUAUCUGGCGCCACUGAUAUUCCAUUUAUAGACGUUGAUCCAUUUGUAUCUGGCGUCACUGAUAUUCCAUUUAUAGACGUUGAUCCAUUUGUAUCUGGCGCCACUGAUAUUCCAUUUAUAGAAGUUGAACCAUUUGUAUCUGGCGCCACUGAUAUUCCAUAUAUAGACGUUGAUCCAUUUGUAUCUGGCGCCACUGUCAUUCCAUUUGUACACGUUGAUCCAUUUGUAUUUGGCACCACUGAUAUUCCAUUUAGAGACGUUGAUCCAUUUGUAUCUGGCGCCACUGAUAUUCCAUUUAGUGACGUUGAUCCAUUUGUAUCUGGUGCCACUGAUAUUCCAUUUAUAGACGUUGAUCCAUUUGUUUCUGGCGCCAGUGAUGUUGCAUUUAUAGACGUUGAUCCAUUUAUAUCUGGCGUCACUGAUAUUCCAUAUAUGAACGUUUAUCCAUUUGUAUCUGGCGCCACUGUCAUUCUGUACACUGUACACGUUGAUCCAUUUGCAUCUGGCGUCACUGAUAUUCCAUUUAUAGACGUUGAUCCAUUUGUAUCUGGCGCCACUGGUAUUUUAUUUGCGGCGGUCACCAUUUUGAGACACAAUUUGAAAAUUGUUAUGUGA